AUGGUAGUGAGUGACCCAAGUGACUGUGACAAGUUAACAGAAUUAAAUACAUCUCUAAAUAAAUCAACAGCAAUUGUAGAAAGCCAGGAUUCAUCAAAAGCAAAAAGCCGUAAGUCAAUAACACUUAAUACAUCAAUAACAGCUCCAAUAAAACGUUACUCUCCAGACCUUGAAUCAACACCUAAGCGCAAGAGUAUUCUAAAAGUCAGGGGAAGUUUUUCGGAUGAUCAUAAGAUGGACUUGGACUUGGACUUAUCUGACCAUGAACAAGCCAGCGUGGGAAGUGGAGACAAUUUUUUGAGCAAUUCUGCGGAAUUCUACCAAUCUCUAGAAGACUUUGUAGCUCAGGAGCGCUUGAUUCCUUGCGAAGGAGAAGCUUCCUUCUGCUGCCAGGACAUCGAAGAGGAUGAUGAGCUAUUUUUGAUUGACAUCCCCAGGCACCUAAAUCCCCAUGAUCUGCUCGGUGUGACUCUGGACACUGAAAGAAGCAAGAAGAAGCUCAAGAUUAGUGAUCAGAAGUACACCUGGGUCCCUGAUGAAGAGAGCAGAGACAUUACCUGCAUUUUUCCUACCAGAGAAGACAAGAAGCCCUUCCGCGCGCUCAGUGUCAAGGCUUUGGGGAAAAUUUGUAUCAGUAAGGCUAAAAUUGCUGAUAAGCUAGAAGAGGAGAUGGAUGAGGAAGAGAAUUGUCAAGAAGAAAAGAAAGUACUCUUUCCUCAAGGGUUGAAAGCUAGGAACCCUCUGUCCGGAGAACCAGCCAAGGUCAAGAAAGGAAAGAAGGUCAAGGUUAAGAAGGAGAAAAACAGUUCUGAUGAAGAUUAA